GUCGCCGCAAGUUCUCGAGACCAGGUUGGCCUCCAACACUAUCCCCGUUUGACAAUUCCUCAACAGCGUCUGCUUUCAUCCCUGCGUUAUUGAACAGGAGUUGGGUCAUCGCUAUGUCUUCAGACCCUCUGUAACAUUCAUUUUGUUAUUCUAGCUUAUCUGUUCGGUCUAGGAGAUCGUGAUGGAGCCUGCCAUCGAUCCUAAUCACAACUCGAUAGAGGCGUCAGAUGGGCCUCAAGUCGGGCACUGGCUGCCGGCGCUACGUCCUAACACUCCUGCCCAGUUGCACGAUCCCAAUACCGUUGGAAAUCAAGUCAAGAAACUGCCAAUGGGGUUUGUUGACGAAGAGACGCAUAUACAGCCGCCAACAUCAACGACGGAGGAAAAUAAUGUCGCAGAUUCCACAAACGACAGGACCUUGACAUACCAUGAUCAAUUGACGGAUCCUUCAGAGACCAUUCCAGGAGGCCAUACAAAUGGAAUCGAAGGGAACGAAAGUCUGCCAUGGUCGCAAGAGCCCAUCCGCGAAAGCGUUGCCGGAGAUGAACUGCCCUCGGACGAUGAUGAUGAGCGCUUAGAUCCCGCCUGGGGCAUCAAGCGUCUCGACUCGGCUCAAAUCCUGGACCAAGUUCACCGGACGGCAACAUUCCCAGAAAUUUCGACCUCUGAAGCCCCCGCCUCAAGCCACGAUAAUGCUACAGCAGAAGAUGCGCUGGACACGCAAGGGCCGAUAUCUACGGCCGAAGAAGAAGGUCUUGAUCAGCAACCUCAGAGCCUCGACUGGGCGGAGGAAGAGCGUGAAAGGGGUCGCGAGGCCGAGGCUUGGACAGUCAAUGAACAAGAACCUACGGUUGAUGAAGCGACACAACGUUUCGAUGAAGGGGUACCUCUAAUUCAAAGCGAAGACGCAGUCGACGACGGUUCGGACCAAGAAACGCAGACCCCGGCUGUGAAGUUCUCAGAGCCAGCACAUGACGAGGAGGAGGCGUCGUUCUUCUCCAAUCUGAACGGCACUGCUGAUCAACCCAACGGCACCACAGAGCCGCCUCAAGAGUUCCCUGGGCUAGACAGGAAAACCACCACUCAAGUCUUAGACUCUCUGCACUUCUCUUCCAAGGAUGCUCCCGAUUCUCCCGCUCUGCCUGCCGAGCCGCAAUUUGGCUUUUUCGAGGAUUUGGCCCGAGAUGGAGGUGUGGGAAGCGAAGAACAGACCGAACCUGCACAAGCUCCCAAGGCUGGGGGUGCUGACGAAACAUGGGCUGCUCUGCUUGAUGACGAUGAGUUCCUUGUCGAAGAUGCCGAUGACCUCCUCCCAGACUCGGAACCCGGCUCUCCAUCUGCACAAGCUUCAUCGUUGCAGCAGGAGCCAGUCAAGAAGCCAGAGGAGAAGCCCAACGUCCCUGCUCCAGAGGCUAGUCCCCGCACACAACGCCUGCCGCAGAGACAGGAUUCUGGCAACCCGUAUGCGCCACAUCAGCCAUCCACCUCGGACAUGUUCCAAUUGUCUCCCUCGAGAGGUGGCACACAUAACAAUGUGGGUAUCUCUCGGCCUGAGCUGGGUCCCAUGGGUUCUUUCCAGGCACAACUACAACAGAGACCUCCUGCACAAACGGCGAAGAGCUUCGUCGAUCAAGCCAAGGACGGGUACAAAUCUCCAUACGACCUACCCAUGGACAUCAAGCCGAGAAAGAGAGCGCAUGUGCCGGCGCCGGUUCAGACCUCUAAAACGGUUGCGCCACCUCCGAGAAGUAGCAGCCUCAAUGAGAACCCGCUCCAAUCGCCGUUCUAUUCAAAUGUUCCGCCAGGGCCAGCUACUGGGCCCCUACAACCGCCAGCUUCUGCACCAUUUUUACAGAAUCGAAGUGCCUCAGCUUUCACGCAGCCUCCAAAACCGGAGUCUGCAAAAUCAGGAUCUUCAAGCUUCUUUGAAGAAUUACCUGUUCCACCCAAAGCACGGCCAGCUACGGGCCAUGGUCGCUACACGCCCCAGCAGAACAUCACUGCUACUCCACCACAACUUUUCCCUCAGAGUCCACCCUCUAUGCAUCAGUCGCCUCCCCGACCUCAACCGUCACCUCCGCGUGCUUCAGAUCCAUAUGCCCAAUAUCAAAUGCGGCCCCCUGAGCGCAUUGAUCCGUACGCGAACUUGCCUCUACAGUCUGCACCCGCUGCACCUGCCGUCUCGACCACCAGAUAUUCUCCGGCGCCAACAUCGUUAACCGCACCUCCAAAGCCAGCACCCACUCGUUAUUCCCCUGCGCCUCCUCCCGCAGGCGCCACUAACUUCCCUACAAAUCGUUAUGCUUCGCAGCAGACACCACCAGCUCCUGCGCAAGGUCCACCUACGAUGCCAAACAGAUAUGUGUCUCAAGGGCCACCUAACGUCCCGCCCCCGCCUGUUCUGCCCUUUCAACCACGAACGUCCAGUCCUCUUGCGUUCCAUAAGCGAUCUAUCGAUGAAAAUGCGAAUGACCUACAUGCGCAAGGAAGGGCGGCACUGCUCCGCCAGGUUUCAGCUGCUCCUAUACUUCAGUCGCACACCAUAACUGCGCCUGCGGUCUCUGCGCCUGUUGAGGCAUACUAUAACAAUCCUCCACCACAGCCCCCUGCUCCGGACCGAAUGCCACCACCUCGUCGAUCACAAACGCAGUCACCUUCGAAACAACGGCCUCAAGCAGCUUUCCCUGCAUACAUCAACGAUGUUCCCAAUCGCCCGGCUUCAGCUUUCGGACAGCCCGCGCAAAUUAGAUCAUAUGCGGGGCUGGAGACAGUACCACCUGCAAGGCCUCAGGUACAGACCAGAGGGCCUACAGCGGAUUUGGACUUCGUACGUCCUGUUGAUGAGAGUCAAUUCGACCCGCUCGAGCGGUGGAGAGGGGCACCUGUUUUCAAGUUUGGGUUUGGCGGUACAAUAGUCAGCACAUUUCCGAAACACGUGCCUAGAUAUGCUGCGGGCGCAGCAAGGCCAUUGAUCAAGGCUGCUCCCGGCGAUGUAUCUCUGAGGAACACCAAGGAUACGAUCUCACAGGAUCAGAACAUGAAAAGCUUCCCUGGGCCCUUGCGCACAAAGUCUAAAAAGAAGGAGCUACUGUCAUGGAUGUCAGACUAUAUCUCUGGUCUUGAGACAGUCGGAACCGGCAUUGCAUCCUCUCAAACCCUUUCUGACCCAAGUAUACGCCAUCACGAAAAGGUUCUGCUUUGGAAAAUUGUCCGCGCUCUCGUCGAACACGACGGUACACUGGACGGCCCAGCUCUGAAGGCGGUCAAUGUGAUCUUGACACCUGAAGUGCAUGCCUUGGAUGAGUCGGCAGCGAGUCAAUAUCGUGCGGACCAACAGCUUGCAGGCAUUUACCGUCCACCUGGAACCAAUGCGCGCCCCGAUUCUGUCGAUCCCAUGGCUGUAGAAGGUCUUCGAAAGCGUCUGCUAACUGGCGAUCGACAGGGAGCGGUAUUUGAUGCCAUGGACAACCGACUUUGGUCCCACGCAUUGAUCAUAGCCUCAACGCUGGAUCGCUCGGUAUGGAGCCAAGUCGUGCGAGAAUUUGUUCGCCAAGAGGUGAAGACUGUCGGUGAAAAUGCAGAAUCAUUGUCUGCCUUGUAUGAGAUCUUCGGCGGCAACCUCGAGGAGAGUAUAGACGAACUCGUCCCUCCAUCAGCUCGAGCAGGGCUUCAAAUGGUGAGCAAAGUCGAUACUUCUGGACCAACGAAGAAUGCCCUUGACGGAUUGAAUCGCUGGAAAGAGACCUUGAGCUUGGUCUUGAACAAUCGUUGCCCAGGCGAUCAUGAAGCUCUAGCGGUACUCGGCAAACUCUUAGAGGACUACAACCGCAUCGAGGCUGCCCACAUAUGCUACCUCUUCUCCAAAAGUCCUGCGAAACCGAUCAUUUUUGGUGGUGUGGACGAAGAACAUGCACCAAUCGUCUUACUGGGAGUUCAUCACCGAGCACAUCCUGUUGACUUUGGUCGAGAUAAUGAUGGGGUGUUACUCACGGAAAUUUACGAGUUCGCCACACAUAUACUUGCUGCCGGAGCACCGACUGCAUAUAUGCCUCAUUUAUCUGUCUACAAGCUACAACGAGCAAAGGUAUUGGCUGACGCGGGACAAAAGACUGAGGCUUUGGCAUAUUGCGAUGCCAUUGCUGCAACAUUGAAGUCGAAUACUAAGAUGUCGCCAUACUAUCAUCCAUUGUUCCUGUUGGAGCUGGACGAACUCACCAACCGUCUGAAGCAAACACCAAUGCAAGGGUCUUCAUCUUGGAUCGGUAAACCUAGCCUCGAAAAGGUGUCAGGAUCGAUGUGGACCAAGUUCAGCAGCUUUGUUGCUGGCGAGGACAGUGAUGCAGCAUCUCAAGGCUCAGGCAAAGAUGCGGCUGAAGCAGGACCGUUCGCCAACGUCGCGGGAACGCCAUCCCUCAGUCGAGCCGCUUCUCAAACGGAUUUGUAUGGGCCUUACACACAAGGCAUGCCGGCAGCCGUCUCAGGAUCCAGAUACGCGCCCAAUGGCAUUGCUUCCUCUCGCUCUUCAUCGGAGCUUACCCGGGGCAGACCGUCUCUCGAUGCACAGAGGUCACCUCCGUCUACUUCGUACUCCCACGGCAACCGGCAGUAUGAGCCUACGAACAUGCUUCAACAAGGAUUGACCAGGCAGCUUACGAACCCAUACCUACCUAAUGCCACGGCAUCUCCUCCAAACUCUUUCCCGCAAAGCCCUCCCAGGAACUCAUAUAUGCCGAGUGGUAUGUCUCAAUCAGUUUCUGCUCAAGCAUCUCCCGCACGGGGCCAGGAGUACAUACCGACUCCACCAGUGGAGGCUAGCGCGCAGCCAAUGUAUGGCUAUAUGCCAGAAACGGUGCCUCAACCUACAAGUCAGGAACACCCCAUAGGCUAUGGUGGCUUUGAGCCAGUCCAACCGGAGCAGGUACAGACGCCGCCGCAAGAGCAUGAACAGCCUGCUGCUGGCUAUGAGCCGUAUCCACAAUCGUACGGGUAUGAACCGCCUUCAGACGGUGGCUAUGUACCCUACGUCCCGGAACCUGGUUCGCCUGAGGAAGAAAGGAAGGAGAAACCAAAGAAAAAGUCAUUCAUUGACGAUGACGAUGAUGACUUUCCCCGUAUAACGAGGCCGACAGCGCCUGGAGAGAGCAAGCCUGGUGCGGAUGACGAGGACGAGGCUGCACGUAAACGUGCAAAUGACGCUGCCGCGGACGCAGCCUUCCGGGCCGCGGCAGAAGCAGAUGCUGCAAAUGAGAAGGAGAAAUCUCACGCUAAGAGAUCUUCUUCGUCCUGGUUUGGCGGAUGGCUCGGAGGCAAGAAGGCUGCAGAAGGGCUUGAUGCUGGUGCACCAGCCAAAGGUGGCGCAGAAGCGAAAAUCUACAAAGCCAAUCUCGGAGAGUCGAAGAUGAAGUUGUACUUCGACAAGGAUCUUGGCAAAUGGGUGAAUCCUGACAACCCGGAUGCCGCGAAGAAGACAGCGACACCUCCUCCGCCUCCCAGAAUGGGUAGUACCCCAGCUCCUCCCAUGGCCCCAGGUGGACCCCCAAGAGCUGCUCUAUCCUCUCAUGCCUCGACUCCCACCAUACCAAGUAUGACCAUGGGUGCGCCAUCCGUUCCGGGAAGCAGGACAGGGACUCCUGUCAUAGGAGGACCCAAUGUGUCGUCACCAAUUCCAGGUGCUUCUGGUCCUCCAAGUGGUGCUGGAACCCCGCCGCUUGGCUCAAGCUCGAAUCCUGGCCUUGGACUUGCUCCACCCCUUUCAGGACCGUCUCGUCCAGGUACCGCAGCAAGCAACGCUAGCAGUAUUGAUGACUUGAUAGGUCCUGCCACAGGGCGAAAGGGUCCUAAAGCAAAGAAGGGAGCCAAAGGUCGUUACGUCGAUGUCAUGGCACAAUAAGUGUUCUUUCUCAGAUCUUCUGAUUUCAUUGUACAAUAGAUAUGGGUGAGGUCUGCAGUUGUCUCAGCAUAGAACCGGACGCGCCAUCUCCACCGCAUGGCAGACGAUGUGCUGGAAGAAUCUGGUUCUAGUUCUGACUAGCUUAAUACAUUGUAAUACUUUGCAUCAUGAAAUCUAGCUUGCUUUUGGUCUAGCUCGAUUGUAGACUCGUCGCAGAGUAUCUGUG